AUGAUCUGCGAAGUACCGCCACCGAGGGACCCAGACGUAAUCAGGGGCCCAGAGGCGACUGUGGAAAUCGAUUCGGAUGACAGUUGCCCGUUGCCCCCCAUACAGAGGCGGCGAGGGUUCACGGCGAAGGAAAAGAGACAGAUCAUGAGGGACAACGUCAGCCAAGUCCUGCUGAACUCCACCCUGACCCCGUUCAGAUGGCUGCAGAAGAACUACCGCUGCUUCUUCUGCCGCGAUCUGUUCAAGACGCCAAAAGAGUGGAGGGAGCACCAGAACGGCCACGACACGAGGGCCGAGCUCGCCGCCGCCCUCGACGUCCACUGGGAGUCUACGGUGUACGUGGACGUAUCUCGGAUCGCGUGCAGGCUCUGCGCCGAGCCGAUCUCCGAGCUGCACCAACUCAUCGACCACUUGGUUCACUGCCACGGCGUCAACUUCAACCGGGAAGCCGCCCGCUGCCUCACCGCUUACAAGCUAGACGACGAGUUUGUGCACUGCGUGCUGUGCGAGCGGCGCUUCCGCGCGUUCAGCCACGCGCUUGUCCACGCGCACAGAGAGCACAAGGGCGCCGGCGAGGUGCUGUGCGAGGUCUGCGGCCAGAGCUACAAAAGCAUCGGCUACUUGCGCAACCACAUACGCUCAGAGCACAGCGGCGGCGUCGAGUGCACGAAAUGCGCCGUCAAGCUUCGCUACACCGCGCUCCGCUCGCACAUGCAACGCGAGCACGGCCAGCGCUACGCGUGCAACGGUUGUGGGCAGGCGUUUGCCACACAGUACAAGCGCGCCUGCCACUCGAUGCUAGCGCACGGCGACCGGCAGGCGGUAAGCUGCCACCUCUGCCCGCGCACGUUCCUCUUCCGCAGCACGAUGCAGCGCCACCUCCGCCAGACGCACUUACGCGAGCGCGACUCGGAGUGCGCCGUGUGCGGCUGGAGGUCGUUUGGCGGUCACGCACUCAAGAAGCACAUGCUCAGCCACAGCACGGCCCGGGACGUCCAGUGCCCGCAGUGCGGCAAGGGGUUCAAGAGCGGCAAGACUAUGAAGCAGCACUGCGCUAACGUGCACAAGAGC